AGACCCACCAUGGCCUGUGGGUGUGCCUAAGUGGUGUUCUAAAGGUUGGAUGUGUCUUCCGCUAAGGGGAAACUCUGUCGAAAUUUCGUGGACGCCGAUACUUGUGAAAAUAUCGAGGGAGCUGAGUGUGGACAGCAAAGGGGAGCUGAAACUCGUCAUUUCUCAAGGAGAAGAUGAAUGAGAGAGGAGGAGAUGCUAAUGGGAGAGGAGCUGUACCUGAAAAGACAACAAGAUCAAUGGACACCUGAGUGGCUAAGGCAGCAGAUUCUGCAGGAGGACUUCCGCAGACGCCAUGUGGGAGGUGGUGCUUCCACUAAGACUGCUGAGGGGUAUGGAGCUGCAGGGCGCGGCAGAGGAAGAGGGGGUUGGAGAGGCCGAGGCCGUGGGAGGAGCUUUGGCAGAGGUAGUGGCCGAGGUGACUAUAAUGAGGGGCAUGGGAGCUCUAGUGGCAAGGGGAGUACCAGAAUGGAGGGCACCUGCUGGUACUGCAAGAAGGUCGGGCAUCCUUGGUUUAAGUGCUUCAGCAGGCCGGAGGGAUGGGCACCUCCAGGCAUGAAGCCGCCCAGUGGUGAACGCGCACAAGGUGGCGCUGUGCAAGGCUCAGGUUUGUCUGCUAACCUUCUCUCUGUGCGACGACUGCAGAAGAGCAAGGCCGAAGUGACCUUUGGACGAACCAGCUGCCGUGCUAAGCUUGGGAAGAAGAAGUUGGUGAAGGAUGGGAGCCUGAAAGGCUUGGAGGUGAAAGGGGGAGUGAAGGAGAUUGGGAGCUGCCCUACAUGCUUGGAGACCAAGUUCUCCAAGUUCCCCUUCAACAGCACUACAGGACCAGCCAAGAUCCCACUUGCACUUGUGCACAUGGAUGUGGUGGGGCCCACAAGAGCCCUUUCCCUCUCAGGCAGCCGCUAUUUCUUGACAAUUGUGGAUGACCACACUCGGGCAGUGUGGGUUUACCCUUUGAAGAGCAAGGAGGAGAUUGAGGAAGAUGAGAUCGCUCACUGCUACUGGGCACCAAUCCCUGAGCCCAAGACUCGAGAGGAGGCUUUGAAUGGACCAAAUGGGGAGAAGUGGAAGGCGAGUGAGGAUGAGGAGUUCGGGUCCCUAAUUGAGAACGAGACAUGGGACCUGUGUGACUUGCCUCCUGGAAAGAAGGCAAUCACUUCCAAGAUGAUCUACAGGCACAAGUAUGGACCUGAAGGGGAGCUGAUCCGCUACAAGUCUAGGCUUGUGGCACGGGGGUUUCAGCAGACAAAGGGGAAGGACUAUGAUGAGGUGUUUGCUCCUGUGGGGAAAGGAACAACACUGAGGGUGCUGUUGGCGAUAGCUGCACUCCUGGGAUGGAAGAUUCGGCAGAUGCAUAUUGUGACUGCCUUUCUGAAUGGGAUCAUUAUGGAGGAGGUGUACAUGAAGCAGCCAGAGGGGCUGGAUGACGGGAGCGGCAGGGUCUGCAGGCUGAAGAAGGCCAUCUAUGGCCUUAAGCAGGCGCCUCGUGCAUGGUAUCACAAGUUGGAGGAGGCGCUGCUGGCUGGGGGUUUUAAGAAGAGUGAGUGUGACCCCAGCCUGUUCCUGCUGCAGGAGAAGGAUGAAAUCCUCAUGCUCCUGGUGUACGUGAAUGAUAUCCUUCUCUUCUCUGCAUCAACUGCUUUGCUGGACAGCGCAGAGCAGAUGCUGGAGAUGCAGUUCAAGUGCUCCAAGAUGGGUGAGGUGAAGUACUACUUGGGGAUGCAUGUGGAGAGAGAUGUGGAAAAGGGUGUGCUGAGGUUGCACCAAAGGAAGUACUGUGAGGGGCUGGCUGAGAAGUAUGGGCUGCAAGAUGGGGGAAAGCCAGCAACACCACUACCUUUAGGGUUUACUGUGGAGCCAUGUGCUGAUGAGGAGGUAGUGGGAGGUGGUGCUGUGAGCUGGCGCAGCAAGAAGCAGAAUGAGGUGGGAUUGUCCUCAUGUGAGACUGAGUACAUGGCCUUACACCAUUGGGUCAAGGAAGUGGUGUGGCUGAGGCGCUUGUUGGAGGAGUUGGGAGUUGGUCAGGAGGAGCCGACAGUUGUGUUCUGUAACAAUGAGUCUGCAGUGAAGCUAGCCAAGAAUGCUUGUCUGCAUGGGCUAACAAAAGACAUAAGGCCUAAGUGGCAUUGGGUGAGGAGACUCCUUGAUAAGGAGGUGCGGCUAGAGAUAGUGAAGACCCAUCAGCAGGCAGCAGAUAUUUUCACUAAGCGUCUGGCGGAGGCGGAUCAUUGGAAGGGCAUGAAGCUUGCUGGGAUGAGUGUGCAUUGAGUAUGCAUGCUUGAGAUGUUGGUAUGGUGGAUGAUGGUUGGCAGCCAGAGAGGGAGAUUGUUGUGUGAUAUUCUUGAACUUUGAUUAAACUUUUGAGAUUGAGUUAAGUUCUCCUCCUACAGCUUACCCCCUAGUGCGUCGAAAGCCAUAGCGUCGCGAAUACUUCAUUAAUCAACGUGGUUCGAAUUG